AAUUUAAACUAAUAAAAUUUAUGAAGUCUCUGAAUUCAGAAUUUAAUAGUAACCAAUAAACGAUGAAAAAAUUAAUCAACUCCGAUCAAAAUAUAUUUAAUCCACGCUAUGCAUUCAGUUUAUUCAGCAAUUGUUAGUGUCCAUUAAUGGCCCAAAACAAAUGCCGCCACAGAUGCAAAGUCGCCGUGAUCGGAGCAGGCGCCGCCGGUCUUGUGACGGCACGUGAACUUCACAAAGAAGGCCACGAAGUGGUAGUGUUUGAGAGAGAAUUAGCUCAAAUAGGUGGCACCUGGGUGUACACUACGCAGUUUGAGUCAGACCUUAUCGGUCAAAACCCAACCCGACCCAUUAUCCACAGCAGCCUAUAUGAAUCCCUCCGGACCAACCUGCCCAGAGAGGUGAUGGGUUUUAUGGACUAUCCAUUUGUGAGUGGAGAGGGUGAAGGGAGAGACCCGAGAAGGUUUCCGGGUCAUAGAGAAGUGUUAUUGUAUUUGCAAGAGUUUGCUAAGGAGUUUAGGAUUGAAAAAAUGGUGAGAUUCUGCUGUGAAGUGGUUAGUGUAGAGAUGGUUGAUAAAGUCAACGACAAUGGUGGAUAUUGGACAGUAAAGUCAAAGUCAAACAAGGAAAAAAUAAGCCUUGAGAACGACCAUAAUGAUGAUGAUGAUGAUGAUUUUCUGUACGAGGUUUUUGAUGCUGUUGUUGUUUGUAAUGGGCAUUACACAGAACCUCGUAUAGCUGAAAUUCCUGGUGUCAAUUUAUGGCCUGGGAAGCAAAUUCAUAGCCACAACUACCGUACUCCUAAGCCCUUCAGGGAUCAGGUUGUAAUUAUAAUAGGCGGUGCCUUCAGUGCCGUUGAUUUAUCAAGUGAAAUAGCAGGGGUCGCCAAAGAGGUCCAUGUUGCAUCAAGAUCAGUUCCAGAGGAUACAUAUAAAAAACAGACUGGAUAUGAUAAAAUGUGGCUUCAUUCUAUGAUAGAGAGUUGCAAUGAAGAUGGUACUGUAGUUUUCCAGGAUGGUAGUGUUGUUCUCACAGAUAUUAUACUGCAUUGCACCGGGUAUAAGUAUCACUUCCCUUUUCUCAAUACACACGGCAUUGUGACUGUGGAUGAUAACCGUGUUGCAUCGCUCUACAAGCAUGUCUUUCCCGCCAUCUUGGCGCCAUGGCUUUCGUUUGUCGGAAUAGCAUGGAAGAUAUUCCCUUUCCCAGCAUUUGAAUUUCAGAGCAAGUGGAUUGCUGGUGUUUUGUCUGGUAGGAUUAUGCUUCCGUCGCAAGAGGAGAUGAUGGAAGAUAUCACCGCCUUUUACUUGACGCUUGAAGCUUCUAAAGUUCCCAAGCAUCACACACAUUGCCUGUUUAAUUAUCAGGCUGAUUACAUCAACUGGCUUGCUGCACAAUGCCAAUGUGCAGGCAUUGAAGAUUGGAGAAUAAAAAUGUACAACUUAACCGGCAAGGAGAGGAUAAACCGACCAAAAUCAUACCGCGAUGAGUGGGAAGAUGACCACCUAAUCUUGGAGGCUCAUCAAGAUUUCGAGAAAUACGUGGAUAAACCGGCAUUACACAUCGGAAGAUGACAAUCAAAUCUUGGAAGCUCACCAGAAGUUCAUGGUAUUAAAAUUUGUUCCUUCAUUUUAUAGCUGAUCCAUGAGCACUAUUGCAGCUAGCAGUAAAUUGUUUUCUUGAUCUUACACUUUUAUUUAAUUUAAUAUUUUCUAAGCUAAUGUUGGUGAAAGGCACAUUUUCACUACAAUUGAGAUUAAUUGAUUGCUAUAUCUAUUGUUGGUGUGCA